AUGCCUUACUACCAGACCUAGGAGUUCGCUCGAGCUGCGGAGAAGCUGUAUCUGACGGAACCCAUGAAGGUCCGAGUGGUCCUCAAGUACAGACACUGCGAUGGGAACCUUUGUAUUAAAGUGACGGAUAAUGUGGUGUGCUUACAGUACAAGACAGACCAAGCCCAGGAUGUGAAGAAGAUCGAGAAGCUCCACGGGAAGCUGAUGAGACUGAUGGUGUCCAAGGAGACUCACAGCGGCGCCAUGGAGACGGACUAAACAGCCUUCAGCAGCUGGACUGGCUUCAGGAGAGCUCGUGCGGGCAGAGGACCAUCAGAGUGGAGCUGAGGGACGGCUGUGUGGAAGGGGCGCCGGUGUCUUCAAACAGCAGCCUACACUGAUCAGCUCGGGUUUUCUCUCUGUCCAGAUUCUGUUUAUCAAACCUCCAGAUUAUUCAAAAAUUCCCAAAUCCUGCUUUUCACGUUCGGGACUCCUGAAUCCCGCCGUGUGGUGGUGCUCAGGAGGAGGCUCAGUGUGGGCUGCAGACACAUGGAGGACGAGGGAAACACACAACACUUUGAUUUGUUUGAAGGAAGCUGCCAGUUAUGUCUGAAGGGGAUGAAAAAGUUGGAGAGGAGAUUUUCAGGUUUUUUAAUGUGUAAUUAUGUUGGAUGGACUGUCAGCUGAGCUGUGGCGGCAUUUAGUUUGGAUUCAGACUGCUGCAAUUUGAGUUUAGUACACAGUGGUGAGAAUAAAAGCCGCUCACUGUGCGUAUAUACACACACACACACACACCACACCAGGUCGUCUGCUGACAGUAAAUAUCAAUAAUAUUUAUCCACCCCAUUACAGCUUAUAUUUGUAGUUUAUUUCUCUUUCCACACUGUGCUGAAUGUACGUUUUCAGAAAUGGAUGGAAUAUAAGUACUUUCUGAUGAACCACAUCUUUUCCACAGAAAGUUGAAAAAGGAGUAAAGAUGAUACCGUCAUGAGCAUCCUCUCUCAGGUUCAGCCUUUUCACUGUGAAUUUGUGAAGUUUUAGGUUUUCAGGGAUGUUUUGAUGGAACAGCAUGGUAUCAAGUAUCAAGACACUGAGCCUGGUGUCCUGUUUUUAGAAGAUAUGCUUGCCUGAGAUCAGAGGUCUGAAACCUUUAGGACCAAAAGAUGCAUUUUUGUGAUUUUUCUACCAAAUCAAAUUGAACUGGAGCCAAAAAUAA